AUGGAUGACCAAGACCCUAUCCAGCUCAAGCAUCUCUUCAAACGACCCGUCGUUCGCCAGUGGCUCUACAAUGGCAACUACUACCGAGAGAAGGACGAGCGCCAGUCCUCUCGCUUCGAGCUCUUCUCAGACCUGCUCUUCGUGGGCGUCGUUCACCAACUCGCCGAUGGCUUGGCCGAAGAGGGAGCAGCUACUGCCUUGAAUGUGGCGAAGUUUGUCCUAGUCUUCUACCCAGCCUUCUCCAUCUGGUCCGACAUGAGGCGACAACUCAACAUGAGCGGUACGGACGACUGUUUCCAGCGUUUGUACGUACUGGUGAUCAUGCUCAUCCUCGUCGGCUACACUUCCAAUGCCGCGGGAAUUCUGAUCUUCCCAGCACACGCAGGGACGAUUCUGAUGUCUCACAAUCAAGAACUCGGGGCCGAUGGUACCGUGGCUCUCGCUGCCGAAUACGGGUUGCGAUCCUUGAGCCGACGUGCUGAAGAAGGUGGUCACUCCGAGAGGCCAGUCCUCGUCGAGGCCAUUGGCAACACAGGCUACUGGUUCGCCGAAGGCUACCACCGAGCCGUCUACUCGUCUAUCGCCUUCUACUUGAGUGCCAAGGUGCUCAAGCUCAUGGUGCACUUCGUGUACGGCCUAAUGUUGCCCAAGUUUCGCACCGCACUCUGGGUCGAGAUGGUACCCAUCUUCUUGCUGGCUUGCACCUACCUCCCGCUCGCCUUCAUAUACAACCCGGGAUGGAUCUGCGCAAUCAUCGUCGCGGGGAUUAUCAUCGACCUGUUCAGCAAGUAUCUCAUCAAUGGGCUCUUGCAGCGCGUGCAUCGCUACUACAAGCGCAAGGGCAAGCCGAUUUUUAUUCCUGCCCAGAGUGUGGAACAUAUUGCGGAGAGGACAGUGCUGUUUGUCGUCUUGGUCACCGGCGAGUGCAUCUUGAACUCGACCUUUGUUGCGACGCACGAGCAUUACGGAUUGUCGACGCAGUUGCUGCGGGCCUCGUUGAGUGUCAUCAAUAGCUUCUAUCUCGUCUGGAUCUACUUUGACUGUGAUGCGUCCCGCACCUUCCUUCACGCACUUCGAGUCAACCCUUGGUCAGCAAUCACCUUUUCACUGCUGCACUAUCCCCUCUGCGCAGCUCUCAUUCUUCUCUCGUCUUCAAUUCCGCGACUUGUCAAGAAUUCGUCGUCGGAGAUGGGCUACCGAUGGUUCUACGCUGCCAGCAUGUCCGUCGCGAUGCUCUGCAUGGCUAUCAUCGGCCUCUUGCACCGCAACCUCGACAUAGCAGGCAGCGCGUAUUGGUCUCAGCGGGCUAGAAUUGCCUUCCGCUUGGUCUGUUCGGCCGGUUUCGCCCUGCUGCCUCUGGGAGGUGAGGAUUGGAACAAUCUCGAGUUUCUGCUUGCGUACAAUAUCAUCCUCGGUCUGCUGGUCUUCAGCGAGACUGCGGGCAAGCUGGGCGUCGUUGGCAGGAAGUUUGACCAGGCCAAGGCAGACGCCUACUAUGCGGCUCUGAAGAGCGAUAGCGCUGAUCCGGAAGAGAAGCGAUCAGCCGAGGAGGUCUUCAAGGCACUCCAGGAAGGGCUGGAGGCUAACGAAGCCAUCAAUCCUCACACUUCUCGAGUGAAGCUGAGCAAGAAGGACGUCUGGCACCCGUAUGAGGAUUUGAUGGGUGAUGAGAGGGGAGAUGAAGAUGUUGGCGUGGAGGGCGAAUUGGGUCAGAUGGAGGUCAAGGAGAGGAUGGACGCGGGGCAGAGGUGGGCUCUUGUGGCCAACUGAGAAGGUCGUAUGAGCGGGCUCGUUGGAUGCCUAGGCCAUGAAAACUGGACAUGGUAGCGUCUUGCAGACUUUGAUAAGGGGUCAUACACACCUCGGCCUCCUCUUUGUCUAUCAUCGGCUCCUUCCCGUCAGUAGCUUGUUUCCCUUUCACCGUGGCCCAAUGUCGAGUGUCCUGUAGAGAUGUUAUGACACUUGACCACACCUCUUUGAUCGGCGUGGAUCAGAAGGACUGACGGUCCCC